UAGAGCCUGCGGGUCAAAAUUUGCUAGUGAGAUGACCUUGAACUAGAUGGCGCUGCUGCGAAUAUGCUUAAAGAUGGCAGCUUCCUUUAUUGUGAUGGAGUAAAUUAUGGGUUGACAUAUUCCGAAUCAGAACGGCAGCAACUCUAAUGAUUAUGGCAAGCAGCGCAACCCGGUGGAAAGCAAUUAGCAGGCCUAAAACUGUGGCCCCGGUGAAAGCAUGGAUGGUAGAAACAAAGUCACAGCCAAAUUUUACUCAGGUUUAAUGAUGCUGAUCAAAAGAAGAACUUAAUGCCUAACAAAGUUGAUAACCUGUCAACCAAAAUGGCAAGUGCUUUGUUCACCAUCGAACAAAUUGAGCUGAUCAGGAGACUGCGGAAUAGUGGCAUUACUAAGGAGCAGGUCUCGAUGGCUUUUGACCAGAUGGACCGGCUGGACAUUGAACUUGGAAAACCCUCCACCUCCAAUCGCUCUAACAUACCUCAAUACCCUACGAUCUGUUCGUCCCUACAAGCUCUUGACCGGAUUGAUCAAGAUUCGAACCCGGUCCAGAGCCAGAUGACUAAUGGCGUCUCCAAGAAUGAACUGUUUUAUAACAAAAAUCAGGGCGAGUCAUACUCUCGGCCACAGAGUAGUAGUAACUCGUCCACUGAUGGCGCAACGGACAAUGGCCAGAAUGGUGACGCCAUCUCACCUGUCGCCAACAACAACAGCUCAUCACCUACCUCCCGUUUGUCAAACGAAUUGACGAUCAUACCUCUUUCCUCAUCGUCGGCCCCAUCAGUUCCUGUGUCCUAUUCGUCGGCCGAUGGAGUUACAGUACAAAGCCACAUUUAUAACAGCCGUUCGGCCGACGGAGCUUCGAACUGCGUCCCUAUUCAGUGCUUAGUCAAUCCCCUUGACCUUUUACAAGAUGAGUGCUAUGAACUGGAUGAGCUUAAAAAAAAAGGCGAAAUGAAUAUCCUUUCGGAAAUUCGAAACUUUGUUAUGAGGUACAACAUCAAGCAAACAAUGAUUGCCGAAAUGACCAAAAUGAGUCAAGCCUAUGUUAGUCGUUUUUUCCGUGGUGAUAUACAAGAUAUGUCUGAUCGUACCAAGAAUGCCUUCUACAUGUGGUAUUUAACAUGUAAAAAUAAUCCUUGGAAGCUCACUCAACUGUGCCCAAACUCCGGUGUGAAGAGGAUGGUGUCUGAAAGUGGUGAUCUCAUCCCUCUGAAGAGGGAGCGCUUCACUUUCAAGGCAGCUCAUCUAGCAGUGUUGGAACGUUACUAUGAGAAAGAUCCUUAUCCAGACUCCCAAACCAGGGAGCAGAUUGUGGAUGAGUGCAAUAAAGCUGUGGAAAGAGCAGUCCGCGUUUCAGAUCGUCCUCUUGCGGAACGGGAACGUGUAACCUUACCUGUUGUGAAUAAUUGGUUCAACAAUCGAAGAAAAGAAGCCAAGAAGCAGCUCAGACAACAACAUGCAGCGGCAAUGGCUGCAGUGUCUGUAAGUAUGUCGCCUUUGGGCCAGCCCUCCAUGGGCCUCCCCUCUGUUGCCUCAAUGCCCAGCCUCUCUUGGCACCAGUCGCCCGGCCUCGGAGGCAUGACCAACUUUGUUGGAGCUCAGCAACCAGCCUUCCACCCUAAUGCCCAGCUUGAUCUCAGCAGCGAGGCAAUGGACAGUGACAGCUCAAGAGACUCGUAUGGCAAUGGGGACGCCCUGUCUGUUGAGGACAACGAGAAACCGGCCAACAUCAAACAAGAGGUGUGACAUUUCCUCUGAGGAAUGGGGUGGCAAGGGAGAUCGGCAUACUGGAUUGACCGGUUCAUUGCAAAAUUAUCUUUUUUUACAAACAAAAAUUAUAUUGAAGUUUUUAUUGUUAUAGAUUGAAGCAAAUUAUUUGUAUGUCAUUGGUUUAAUGGAAUGAUUUAUUGAGGGAAACCUGAUUUAUAAGUUUAUCAAAAUUUUUUUAUUUUCCUUUUUUAAAAUUUUUUCCACCAAUUUUGUUUUCAAUUAAACACGGUGACUAAUCAAAAUUUAUUUUUGUGUAAGGUGGCAAAAAUGCAUUUUAUUUUUUACUGUUAUCUUUUAAAAUUUUUAUUUCUGGGUUAAAUUUUUUAAUUCAUUGACAUAUUUGUAAUUUAAAAUGUAUGUCUCUGCACGAGACUGCUGUAUUUAUAAUGCAGCUGGUGGUUUUUCUGUGUUAUGGUCUUGGAAUUUGGGACCAUCUAUACUGGUCAUUAUUACUAUUAUGACAGCAUGAAGUUAAACUAAAGAGUGUGGUAGAUUAAAGUGUUUUAUAUAUACAUAUUUUUUAAGUUUUUAGAAAUAUAUGUUUUGUUAAAGAUUUUUUUCCUGUUUUUGUCCUCUUUCCUUUUCCUCAGGAUUAGUUAGUUUAUUAUAAGUGUAUUUUGUAUAUAAAUCCUACAGUUCAUUCAAGGACAUAUAUUCAUAAAGUGCUUUAUCAAAAUAUUAUUUACUUUAGUAAAGAAUGCAAAUAUUGGAUUUUCUGUUAAAAAUGAAAAUUGUUUGUUGCAAAGUACAAAUAAUCCGGGUAGAAAUUUAUGCUGCUUUUUGAAAUGCUGUGGGUUUCAUUUUUAUGGUACAAAUUUAAAUCUUAUUUUUAUUUUUUUAUACAAUAUAUUUUGAAAGACGUUUAUUGUACAUUUGUUGAGCAACUAUCUUAAUACUUUUAUUUGUAACUAUCGCUGGAAGUUCCUCAAUCAAAAAUUGUUUUUAUUUUAUAUUUUGAUGUUUUUAUAAAUUACAUUACAGUUAUGUAUUUACAAAUGAUCAAAUUACUUUUAUUGUAGUUGAAUGGAUGUCGGUAUUCAUCCAGGCAAUAAUAAUUGAGCUCGUCAUGUAUUUAUUGCAUUUUUUAGAUUAUUUCUUUUUAUGUCAAAGUAUGGUUUUGGUUUAAAAAGACAGAAUUGUCCAUGUUUUGUGUAUGUCUCUUAGAGAAAUGUUCUUUGUUGUUCGUUGAGAGUAAUUAUUGUUUUUAGAGAAUUAUGUGUAAUUGGUCUACCACACUCUUUAGUGUUCAGUGAAAUAAGACUAAGAGAAUUGGAACUCUUGCCAAGCAAGAUUCUUUUGUGAGUUACCAUUUAUGGCCUGGCCACAAAACUUAUUAGUAUUGUGUCGUAAGUGUUUGUCUUGUAAGAAAGAGCAUUUAGAUUUUGUCAUUGUGAUAGAUUUUCCCUAAGGUAGUCAAAUGUAUCGAUUUUUUAGUCCCUUUGAAAAAAAGGUAACUUACAUCAAAGAAAAGAUGUGUGCAGUGCAUUAUAUAUGAAACCAAGUUUUUUGGAGGGCAAUUUGUACAUACUAUUUUCCUUUUUCUUUUAAGAUAAGGAUAUAUAACAAUAUAUGUAAGAAAGAAAAUACUGAUUAGGGAAAAAACAAGUUGUUAGAACAAGUUUUUAAAAGUCCAUUUAUUAAUUUUAAGUUAACAAGUAUCAAUUUUUCUUUCAUUUUCUGUUAACCUUACAAUGUGUUGUCAUUUGGCUAUCAUCUAAAUUCUUUUCUUUUAAUUAAGAAAGGCGUGCAAAAAUUCUAUUUAAAAUCCUGACUUCUUUAAUAUAAUGUGUGUUUCAAAAAUAAUAAUAAAUUUUAAAUCUUGAUUAUUAUUUCUGAUAUAUCAGAAAGUAAUACAAGCUUUCAUCAUAGUUAUAAGUGUUCUAUGUCUCCACCAUCAGCUUUCAUGUUAUUCUUUGCCUCUUAUAUUUUGUCUUUCACUUCGUUAACAUUCAUAGAUAAUGAAGAUGGGUAUCAGUGGCAAUAAAUUUUUAGCAUUGCUGCUGGUGAACAAAGAACAUUUAUAAUAACGAUGAUGAAACUUUGUGAAUGUAGUGCAAUUUACAGAAUUAUUUUUUGUGUAUUUCAUGAAAAAUUAUUCAGUUUUCUAAGCAAUUUUUUUUUUUUUGAAACAUAUAUUCUUAUAUAAAGUCUCACACAAAAGUUCCUUAUAUUAAAAUAUUUAUGAAUUAUGAAAUGUUUAGUAAUCAUUACUGAAAGUCCAAUACAAUUUCUAUGCUGAUUUAAAAUAUUGAUGCCCUUUAUCCUUAACAGAUCAUAUAAUCUCAUUGCUUUUGUGAUUAAUGGAUUGCAUAGAUCAUAUAAUCUAAUUGCCUUUUUUUUAUUUAACAGAUUUAAUUUGACAUUGUAAGGUUAACUCAUUCUGAGGGGGGAAAAAACCAUUCUAUCUGUAAUGAGGUACUCUUUUAAUGAUAGUUGGCUGGAAUUAAUUUUUCCAGAUCAUUAUAUCUUUUGAUAGUCAUGAAUUAAAUAAAAUUUUUAUUUUUCUGUAAAUUAAAUUUAUAUUAUCACUUUUAAGUUAACAACUUUAAAAGACAUUUAUAAACAAUAUUUCUAUCGGGAAUCUUGUUAUUCUAUAUGAAUCUUUCAUGCCAAGGAAUUGGUGGUUUAUUCUUAUGUACAUUUUAUAAUGUUGAAUUGUAUUCAACAUUAUUUUCUCUGGUCAUUCUCUUCUUUAGAUUUAUUCUCUCUGUAAAUAGAUGGACUUUUAAUGUUAGUAGUAAGCAUUGUGAGUGAAUGUAUGUAAUGGGUCAUAGUUUUAUUGUUUUAAUAAUGGCAAUGAUUUUUUUUUUAAAUUCAUAGAAAGCGCUCAUUUCGCUGCUCUGUUCAGAAAUAAAAUAUAAUGAAUUGUUUCAGCCACCCAGAUAAAGAUUAAAAAAAAAAAAGUGUGUGUAUGCCGAUGCUAAAAUGGAUCCCUCCCCAUUUUAUUUGAGUAUGACAUGCUGGUAUGAAAUUCCAUAUUAGCAUGCAUCAAAAAUGCACAAUUUUAUUACAACAAUUGAAACUCAGGUUUGGUAAGAUGUUAGAUAUACAUUGUUUAUGUACUUUUAGAAUCAUAUGAUUUUAAAAACGAAUGUUUUUUACCUCAUUGUAAUGUAACAAUUUGCCAUUAAACAGAGUACCUGCUUUCUAUAUUUGAGAAUCGUUAGUUUUUUAGCAUCUGUUGUAAAUGUCCAUUAAUCGUGUUUUUUCUAAGUGUUUUUAAUGAUUGUGUUUCUUAGUUUUUCAUUAUCUUUAGGAAUCACCCAACUGCUCUGUGAAUUUUUAUUAUAAUUCAUCAAAUGAAAACAUUGUAUUAUUCAAAGUAGUUAUGUUGUUGUUUUUUAAUUCUAAAUUCCACGUAUGUAUUUUUUUCAUGUAUUACUUAAAUGAUUUCUCAGGGCUCUUUAGGAGAGAAGGCUAUAAUUUAAUUCAUUUCAUGGUGUGUUGUAAUAUACAUAUAUCAAGAAUGUAAAAUGUGUUUCAGUAUUUGAUGAUGAAUAUUCAUGGAUCCUGUCUCGCAAUAAGGCUUAUCUUUGAUUUUUCUGUACUAAAAAUAGUUUUCUAUUUUGAAGUAUGUGUUUGAAUGGAAAUAUUAAGGUUCAAAGACUGAAAUUUUUACCGAGUUUGUGCUUCUCAUUCUUUUUGUUACUUAAUGGUAUUUAUGUUUUUGUUUUGCUGGUUUGGGCAUACAUUGGGUAUUUUCUUCAGAUGUUUUAUGCCUUAUAUUCCUAGUUUAAUGCAGUUUCCUUCUUUUGUAUUGCAUGAAUUGUUAGUUAUUAUAACUAACAAUAUAACUGCUUUCACUCAAAGUCCAAUGCAAAAAAAUUUUUGUCUUGAAAAUGAAGGAAAACAACUAUUAUCAAAGUUAAUUUUCUAAAUUUUAUUGCUCGAACUAAUCAUCUACCACUCGUUUUGAUAGUGUAAAAUUAAUUGUAAAAUAAAAUUGGAUAUAUUGUCAUUAUGAGGGGUAAAAGACUGAAGAAACAAUCAUUUCAUAAGACAAAUCAAUAUUAAAAGUGAACAAUCAUAAGGCCACUCAAAUAUUUUAUAUUAAACUUUUAGAAUUUUAUGUUUUUGCAAACUACAUUAAUUAAAAAUUGGAAUUGAAAUAUUUAAGUUUUUAAUUCUCUGAAAACCUAUUUAUUUUGAUGUAAUAUUUUUAAAGGUCUGAAAAAUUAGCUUCUAAAAUAUAUAAACUGGACCUUUUUCUAAUCAAUCAAAUCUUUGGAAUCUUAAGAAUAUUUUUUCCUUGGAAUUCUAAGAAAAUAUGUUUUUAAAUGUGAACAGUUUUGAAUUGAAUGUAAAAAAAAAAAAAAAAAAAAAAAAGAAUUAGCAGGUGAAGCUAUUUAGAGGGCUAUUUGAAUUUUCUAACCUUUAAAAUGUUUACUUUUAUUGAUAUUAUUAUUGUAUCAAAAUUAUUUUUAUAGUGACUUUUACCACCAUUAUUAAUUAAAAUAGUUAUUUUUAAUUGCAUUAAACUAGGAAAUCUGGCAAUGAUUAUUUUAGAGAUUUUUUUCCUGUGCAUUCUAUUAUAAUGUUUAAUCCACUUAUUUAUAGUUUUUUACUCUUGCGUUUCAGUAAUUAGAAAUCUUUACCUAUAAUUCAGUACAAAUGUUAUACGAAUUAAAACAGAUUUUUAUUAUGAUUGGGAUUACCAGUACAUGAGAUAACUAUAUUGCAUUAAUUGUGCCAAAGCAAACAGGGUUUUCACUUUUAAUAGUGCCAUCCAUAAUAACUGAUGUCAAUUAAAGGCUUUUUUAUAACCACAAUAAUACCUCAGGUUUCUUUCACCUUUUGUAAUACCUCAAGACUUUUCCCUUUUAUGACUGUUUAAUUUGAUUUUCUUGAAAGUUUCAGAAAAUCGAUCUCAAAUAUAUAAUUGGCACAUAGUUAAUCUCAUGUACUAGUUGCACUCUUUCCAUUUAUAUAAGAAGAUAAAGAAUGGAUGUUGCUUUUUGAUAUCCCAUUUAUUAUACCUGACCCAAGUGACUUCAGUUUGAAUGGAUUUUGACAUUCUUUGGUAAUAAAUUUGAUUGAAAGUCUUUUUCACUCAAAAUUAUAUAAGGUUUAUAAAAUAUAUUGUAUCACAGUAUUUAUUUAUUUUAUUUUUUAACCUGCUCAGAAUAUGUGUCGAAUUUAUUACUGUAAAAUGAAUAAAUCAUAAAUUACUUUUUUUAAAUGUUGAUGAAUAAGGCUAGUUGAAAUUCGCUCAUAUAAUGGCAUUUGUAUAAAAUGUAUUCCAGUGAAAGUAGACAAAUCCUUUCUUGUUAAAUUUAUAUAUAAAAUAUACUAAUCAAGAAAUGCAUGAAUAAUGAUUUCUUUUACCCCUUGCAAAUUUCUUUUCUUGCUUUUUUUUGGGCAGUAUAUGGAUAGGGAUAUUUUAAAAAUAGCUUAAGAAAUGCUGUUUAUGCUUUGAAUUUUAUUCCCAUUGUAAUUGACUACCAGCAGAGAGUAUCAAUUGGUAACUGCUCUGAUUUGUAUCAGUUUAGUUCAGAAAAAGGGUACAACCUCUGUAGAAUAUUUUAUUAUGAUAAAAAUAUUGUGCAUUUCAUGUUACUAAACAAGUUAUUUAAAAAUGUUUAGAAUUUUAAGACAGAUGUAUUCCUUAAUGCAUUUUUCUUUAAUUCUUCAACGAAACUUAAAGAGAGAAAAAGAAACAGCAAAAUAAUGUUGAGAGGCAAGAUUGGAAACUUGCAGAUGCUGAGUAUGUAGAUUUCAGUUUUAUAAUUUGCAAAAGUAAUAUAUGUUUGCACAAAGAUUAAAAAUUUUAAUAGUAUAGAAGUUUUUAAUUCGUGUGAAUUGAAUCUAAAAGGUUUUUAUAUUGCUUAACUUUUUCCUAAUAUAUUUAAAACUUUGCUAUUCCCCUUUCUCUAUUCAUUCCUAUUUUUUUUUUUUUUUUUUUUUACAUAUUCUGAUUUUCUUGUCUUGCCUCUCGAUCUUUAUUAAAUAAAAGGAUGCUGAUUUCAUAAAAAUGUUUUUAAAAUAUGUUCAAAUUUUAUCCACUAUAUAUAUCUACUCACAUUAUAUGUAAUGCCAAAACAAUGCAUUUAGUAUAUAUACAUAUACACCUCUAUUUUUUAAAGAAAAUGUUUUGGUAUUUGGGAAUGUAUACUGGGUCUUUAUUUUUAAAUAUAAUAGUACAAACUUUUAUCUUUUAAAAUCAGUGGUGGCUCUAGAUUCCCUUAGCCCUGUGUUUUGCUUAUAAUCUUGUAAUACAAGUAAUGACUUUCAAAAGAAUGGACCAAUAUUUGGUUGAUAGUUUUCAAUUGCAACAAAAAAAUUUAUAUAUUAUAUAGAUACUUAUGACGGAUAUAUGUUUGUGAAGAACAUUUUUUUUGACAAAUUAUAGUUGAUUUUAAUUGCAUUUGUGUAGAUAUGGAUUCAUAGGAAUUUUCUAUUAAUAUUUGAAAUUAAUAGAUAAUUAUGACAUAAAUAGUAUUUGAAUUUUAUUCAUCGUGAUUCCUAACUUUUUUUUUAACCAAUCAAACUACUUCCUAACUUUGCCUCCUAAAUAUGCAUCAUUGAAUUUAUACAGAUAAAAUAUACAUGGGGAAAAAAAAUAUUGGUCAUAUAAGUAUUCAACUUCUCUACUGAUGUAAAAAUUCAAUGUUUGGUUGCAGAUUAGCAUGUAGAAUUAAUUCUCAUUGGUUUCCCAAAUAUUGUGCAUGAACAUGUGCAUAUGUUGGAGUUGGAGCAUUUUACAAAUGCAUUUAAAUCUUAUUUUAGUAUUGCAAUAUAUUCUAGAGUUAUAUAUAUGAAAUUACUUAAUUUGUCAUACAACACAUUUUUCGAUCUUUUAACUUUGAAGUAUUUUUUUGAUUUAAAAAAGAAAAGAAUCAAGUGUCACCACUGAAAUAAUAAUCCGUUAAAAUAUUAGAGACAAUCGGAUAAUUUUUCCGAUACCAUAAUAUCAUUCUAGCUUCAACUUCUACAGUACUCAGUAUGCAAACAUCAGUGUACCUGGUUUUUCUAUUUCAACAAAUAAGCCUUAUCUACGUUUAAAAGAAUAUUAUACAUUUUCUAAUGUCAUUUCAUUUUAAACAUCUGCCCUCAUGUACAAAUCUUUUACAUAUAUACUAUUAUAUUUCAACUUUGCUGCAGAACUAUAAUAUAUAUAUGCCUUUGAAGAAUAUUCUAUGUCCCAUCAUUGAUUUUUGUGAAGAAAAAUGUAUCUAUUUAUUACCUACUCAAUGAUAAUAUGUAUUGCAAGUCACAUAUAAAAUUUACAAGGAGCUAUUGUAACUAAAUUCAUUAAGGCUUCUUGAUAUAUUACAGUACAUAGUAUUUGCAUGAAGUGUUAUAUAAAAGGCAAAAUUGAGCAUAGAAGCUGAUAUUAAUUCAAAUUGUUUUUUCUAAUUCAAUGAAAAGGUUGUAUUGUAGAAAUUUCAGUGCUUUAUUUGCAAUUUUUUUUAUUUUUAUCAGGUGCAUUUUGGUAUCAGAAUAGACUUAAAGCCUUUGAGAGUAGGCUUAGUACAUAUAGUAUAUUCCUUUAAUUCAUUUUAUAACUUACAAAUUUUUAUUCCAGAGCAUUAUUAAUAAGGGAUUUUGUUAUCAUAUAUUUCUGUGUUGUAUAUUUUGACACAAGGAUAUCAUGGGUUUUUAAGCUGGUUAAUUUAGUUAAGGAAUAUUGAUAUCUUUCAGUAACUUUUCUCUUAAUUUUUAAGAUACCUGUAAGAAAAUGGUAUUUUUUUCUGAUAAAUUAUCAUAUGCUAGUUGCUCCCCCCCCCCUUCCUUUGAAGAAAAAAGAAAGGGUCCCUUUUCACUUGAUCUUCAUCAUUGAGUGGCUAUCUUCCGAACUUUUGACCCUAUUGGAAGGCUUGGCAAACUCAGUUUUAAAUAAAAGUUAAAGCAAAUCUUAUAUAUUUUUAAUCUAAUGUUGAUUAGUUAUUUUAUUAUAUUUGCUAAUUUUCCUGCAGUUUAUAUUUUGUCAGAAACCAAGGCAGUUAAAAUACAUUCAACUUUCCCCUCACCUUGUCUCCCCUUUUUUGUUUUCCUGAAUCUUUAAACUUUUUACUUACUAUAUAGGCAGAAAAAGCAAUAUCUAAAAGAAAGAUUAACAAUUCAUUUACUCAAAUUUGAAUAAAAAUUCACCAGAUAACCUUUUAUUUAUUUUAUUUUUUUUAGCUAACCAUAAAUCUAUUAUUCACUCUUGUUAAGUGCAUUUGUAUUUCUUUUGUAUUAAAAGAUUUUGUAUUCUUUGCAUUUCUUGCUUUUUGGAUUCAUAUUUGUGUGCUCAAUUUUGUCUUCUUCCUAAUCCCAUGUAAAGCUCUCCUAAAAAAAAUGGUAUUUUACUUGCAGUUAGUCAGAUUCCUGCAAGUUGUCAUUUUUCUUAUAAACGUAAAAACGCAUGGUGCCCUUUUUAGUGUGAUUUGCUAAUAUUGUGGAGGUAUAGUACAAACAUUAGAUGUCGUAGCUUAAGAUAAAAAAAAAUAAUCCAGAGUGUAUUGUAUUACUGUACCUAUAUAUUAUGUCGCAGUAGUAUUGCGUUGUGAAAUGUCUUGUGGCUUAAUGUUGUGACUAUGAGCAUAUUUAAAAUGCAAAUAUCUAUUCUAUGUGACCUUAUGCACCAUCAAUAUUGAAUGGUGAGUUUGUAAAAUCUAUUUCAUUCAUUCGCUAACCUUUCCCUCGAAAUUUCUUUUUCAAGAGAGUUGCUCGGAUCACAGUGGUCUGCUUCCAAAUAUACCUUUUCUCUUCCUCGCUGGUUUUUUUCGAUUUUGUUCCCUUGAAAUGGCACUCAGUAUUUUGGUUUCAUCAGGUAAUUAUUAUAUUUAAAAAAAAAAUCCUGUAGAGCUUUUUCUUCUUUUGUAGUUUAUUUUUCUUACUAUAAUUGCUGACAGAAAUGAACAAUGUAGGAUGAUUUUAAUUAAAAUAUUUGUUUUAAAAUUUGAUAGCAGAAGUAUAAUUUUAGAUAAAUCAAUUACUUUACUUGUUAAAGCUCAUUUUGAUGUUUUAAUUUUUUCAUUUCCUUCAUUAUUAUUAUUAGUCUAUUUUACCUUUUUUCAGAAUAAUUCGUUUCUUGAAGACUUGUAUGAGUUAAAUAGUUAUUACUUUUUGUUGAUUAUCAAUUGUUGUUCUUUUUUGUAAUUUUAAAAUAGAAUUUCAUAUCUUUUUUAAUUUUUAACUUGUAUUGCUUCUAAUUGAAGUUCUCAUUAAAUGAUUGAGGAUGCCAGCAUGGAGUGACUUGGAUUAAUGUUUUGGUUUUGGAGCCAUAGAAAUCCUGAUUCUGUCAGAUAAGAGAUCAAAUGUCUUCCUGCAAGUGUGGUGCAGAAAUUGUAUGAAGAGGUGUCAGCUCAGGUGUUAUUUUUGAUGUCAAAUUGCAGUUCAAAAUUACAUUUUUGCCCCAAAAUUGCCUUUAUAUUGGUUCAAAAUGGGAUGAAAAUGCAAUUGAAUAGGAUGGAGCCAGUUUUAUAUCUGCGGGAUUUGGCACAAGUUUCUUUUAUGUUUCUAAUUGCUAUUUACUACCAGUAUUUCGUUAUUAACUCGUUCACCGAAUGAAUACUUUAAAAUUUCUUAAUCAGCCAUAAAAUAUUUUGAAUUAGACUUUCAGAAAGCAUUUGAUAAGCAAAACCUGCUUUUAUCCUAUGAAAUUACACUUUCCAUUUGGGAAUGUCUGAUGUUAGUUGAUUAUGUGAAAUUUUCCCAUUCAAUUGUAGCAACAUGAAAAUUAUUCGAUUUCAGCUUAUAAGUUUGAGAAAUAAACAUUCAAUGCCUUAUUACAAACAAGAUUAAUUCGAUUUGAUUUGGAGGCCAUUUUAUAAAAUACUUUAUGUCUAAAACUUCUGCAUGUUUAAAUUUUCAUAGAUCUUUGGCCGAAUCUCGGGUUUGAACGCCUCUUCAUAAUUUGCAAAUGGCAGUAAUCAUGAAUAAUUUUCUGAUCUUUUAACAUUUGAAUAAAAUUCCGCAUGUGAUAGCUGAUGCAUACAUAUAUUUAGCAAAUAAAAAUGAAAGAUAUUUGCAAAUUUUAGCAGGCUAUAAACUUUCUAAAAAAGUGUAUAUUGAACUUUGGAAAUAGUGGUCAAAAUCAAUUUAAGGUAGUUGUUGAAGCUUGCUGCAUUAUACAUGUAUAUGGCACAUUUUAAAAGAGAGAAACCUUGUUAGUGAAAGUUUCUAUUUUCCUGCUCUAUAUCUAGUUUGACCACUUUAAAUGUAAUUUAACUGUCCCUGUUACGUUUUGUGGUUUUGUUGACUUUGAUGAUAUAUAUAGCCAUCUUACUUUUUUUUUUUAAAUUGUUGGCAUCCUGCUUUGCUAUUAAUUUUUGUGAAUUAACUGAUUAGAAAACAUUUGAUUUCAAACGAUUUUAAAUCAUAUGGUCCAAAUUCAAAACCUUAAAAUUUUAAUGUUUUUAAUUAUCCGAUUUUUGCAUUUGAUCUUUGCAUUCAAAAAGUAUAAUCAAUCAACUCCUGCAUUUUUGAUUUUCUGUCAGCAACUAUUUUUGUAAUAACAUUCAUUUAAUUCCUCGAAUGUUGACUUUAAUUUCGGACUGAGAGUGUGAUUUGAGCGGACACAGAUGGACUAAUUUUCUUUUUGUAAAUAGUUCUGUCUUCAGUUUUGUUUCAAAGCUACUAUCAGUUUUAGUAUAGAGUCUAGUAAUUUUUUAGAGUGCUACAUAUUUGAAAAUGCAACCAGUUCGUCCAAAAUUCUGUGAUCUGUCUAUCUGUAUUUCUUAAUUUAUUUCCUUACACUUAAUAUAAAGCAAGCGAAUUCUAUCUUGUCUAUUUUCGCUAAUCAUCAUUGUUGACUAUUUUUGGAAGACAAAACCAUUUGUAAUGAAGAAUAUGACCUUAAAUAUAUAUGGAGUAAAAGUGGAAAUAACUUCCAUAGAUAGAUUGUAGUAUCAAGUUCCUAAUAGAUUUUUAAUUUUAUUUCUUCAUUGUUUUAUUUUCAUCUGAAUAAUUUUUUUUCUUUUUUGAUGUUGCAGUAAAAGGAUUUUUAAAUUUCGAAAAUGCACCAUUUUGGUUUUGCAAUAAAUGAAAUAUAGUAAGGAAUCUAUUGCAAAAUGGAUUAAGCAAUAUCCAUUUUCCUCUUUUUAACUUUUAAAUACUCAUGCAUCUCCAACUCAUUUCAUGUGUUGAAUAUCAACCUGAAAGUUGACUUUUUUUAGUACUGUACACAUCAAUCAUGGAAUGGCCACUGCUCAAUUUUUUAAUCGACAUCGUCUAUAACUUGUGGCAUAACCAUUAUUUAUGCAUUAGACGAGCAUGUGUUCAUUGUUUUUUUAUGUAUAAUCUUUUAACUUAAGGUUAAUAUUCAACUGGCAUUGCCUGUAGAUUUUGCACUUGGUGGUUUUAGAGGCAAUACCAUAUUUUUUAAUUUGUAAUUGAAGUUCAUUUCCUCCGAGAUGCCAUCACCCCCCCCCCUUUCUUUUCCAACUGUGCAACUUCGAAAAUUAUAUCCAGUUAAAUAUAUUUUAGUAGAUUAUUCAGUACCGUUUCCUGUUUCUAUUGAUUACAUUUCCUCCAUAUUUAAUUUUCUAGUAGAUAAUCAAGUUGCCUUUUUUUUUUUUUUUUUUUUUUUUUGCUUAAUUUUAAUUUUGGUAUUUUUGAAAACUUUUAGUCUGUUAGGACCAAACCACCCAUCGCAUAUUGAUGGCAUCUCUGCUCUUAUAUCCAAACAUCAAUAUUGACGAAAAAAAGACGCUCAAUCCAUCAAUAUUCUGGUAUUUCUUUCCAAAAUUAGUGCUGAUAUCUUGCAAUGGUUUCCUGAAGAUUUUCCACUCCAGAUAGUAUAUCUAUUAUGAAAUAAAGCUUGCUGUCUAUUUUAUAAUUCCUCCGAAAGCACUCUCCCAUCCCCCUUGAAAAUCUGACCCCGUUGCCACAACCGAAGCAGAAAUUUAAUGGCAGACUGGUCAGGUGUAAUAUAAUUACAUUUCUUCUUUGAAAUGUAGCUACCCAUGACUCGAGGAAAAAUAUUUUGUAUGUUAAUUUUUUUUUCUUUCCAGAACAUGGUUAUGAAGUACUAGUCUUUAUCAAUUAAUAAAAAAUAUAAAUUAUAUAAAAUAUGUUUUGUAACAUCCUUGAAUGUUAAAUAAUGAUGGCUGGUUAAAUUAGAAGCAUUUCGGAAUUUUGGGAACCAAUAAAUAUUUUUUCAGUAAAAAUCCCAUUAAAUAGGGAAUGUUAUUUUAAUCAUUCAAAAUAUAUUAUUCAUAUAUUCAUAAUCUUUUUUAAUUAAAAUUUUAAUUUUUCUGCCUCUUUUACUUCUGCUUUGGGGGAACCAGCCACAACAAUGCUCUGAUGUUACAAAUAUAUCACAAUGAGAAUUGAAGAAUGAAAUAUUGUUUCGAUUCUUAAAAAAAUGUAGAAUUUUAUUAUCGCAAAUUACAAUACAUAUGCGAAAAAUUAUUGUAGAUGUUGUGUAAAGUGUGUAUUCAUAUUAAAUACGAUUGGCUUGUAAAAGCCACAAUCGUUCUAUAUAUCUUUAUUGCUUUGGAUUUUCUUCCUGUCAUGGCGUUGCUGCUACUUCUGUAAUAUUGUGAAAAAAAAAGCUCACACUAAAAAAAAAGUAAAAGAAAAUAUAUAAAGUUCCUGUAGCCAGACACUAUACCUCCGUAUAUGGCCAAUAUACUGUACAACCAUUGUUUUAUGAUGAGAGUAUGUAUGCGACCUAUACUGAACGUAUGAAUGUGUGAAUGCAUGCCUGCAUUGGUUUUGUACGUCAAUCGGCCUUUGUACAAGCUCUUGCAAUAAAAGUGUUUGUACAAAUUU